AUGAAUGAGUCUAUUCAAGACGGAGACGUCACCGAGAUCUGCCGCACCAGCGCCAGUGCUAUCGGCGGCCGACGCCUUGACGAUGAUGAUUGGGAUGAUGAGGACGACGAUGAUGAUGAGGGCAUCAGGAAUUCAUGCGCGGCAGGUGGCAGCCUGCCAACUGCUCCAUCCACAGCAGUUGCGGCCAGUGAGGGGGUGAAAUAUGGCUACAUUGUCAUGAAGGGUCAGCUGUCGGGCAGCUACCCUGCAUCUUGCUGUGCCUACGAGCCCUCCAACCACGACCCCUUCACCUUCCCCGGGCCCGUCGCCCACUCCAAGUCCUCCCCCGUUGCAAUCUGGGAUCACAGCUGCGGUUUUAGCGCAGCACAGCAGCACCGGUGGGUGGUGGACAUGACAGCGCUACGCUCCACCCACCCAGCGGGAAGCUACAUGUUGCUUUGCGGCAUGGAUGUCACGGCGUCCUUCUCGAGCGAUUCCUACAUCUCGCGCAUGCCGGUGAUGGGCUCUUGGGACGACACAGUCAAACGGCCUACGCCCACACCGGUGCCCGCGCCCAAUCCCACGCCGGCCACCACCACAACUGCUGCUCCAGCGCCAACGCCCACGCCGCCGCCGUCUCCGCCGUCUCCCAUCAUCGGAGGAGAGGGCUCCAUCCUCAACCCGACAGUUCCCUCGGAGUCCACGACACUGAUCUCUGCUACCACGGUGGCCAGCCACAAUGCCAAAGCCGACUGCUGGGUGAUCUUGAGGUGCAAGGUCUACGACAUGACCACUUACGUUCCGAUUCAUACUGGCGAUCGAUAUGCACCAGCAGGGCAGGGAGCAAUCGAAAAGCUGUGCGGUAUGGACUCUACAUCUGCCUUUGAGGCUGGCCCUACCCUUUUUAGGUGUGACUUAUGUAUAGUGCAUGAUUGGCUUACAACACACACUUUAGCCGUUGUGCGGUUGGUGCGUUCAGGAAACUUCAACUAUUGA